AUGGAGACGAGUCAAGAGCAGUCGGAGCAGUCCCCGCACCCUUCGAGGCCACCGCCCCGGGACCGCUCCCAAGAUGUCUCGACCACUUCUGCAGGCUCCGACUCGGUCGACAGCCAGGCGACGCCGACCCCUACGCAGAGCCACCCGACACGACUCCCCGACUUCGAUGGCCCACCUCCCACCUCCACCAUACCGCCAAGCAUACCCUCGUCAUGGAGCGCAAGUUCGGACCGCCAGCUGGGCCACGGCCAAGGGACCAGCAGUAGCCAGCAGGACUACUCUGAUCGUGUCUUCCCCAUCCGGUCCGCCAUCAGCGUCGAUUCGACCAGCGGGCGCCAGUCUAUUGAACUGGAUUAUUUUCGUCAGACCUCUGACAGUAGCAGGACACCUAUGGGAACUGCGACGAGGAUCGACACAGAGUUGGCCGCCACUCGCGCCUCGAGUAUAAGUGUCAAUACCGAGCCCGCCCACCAGACAUCCAUCACAUCUCCCAUCACCUCGCCCGUGGGGCCGAGUGCACAGUCGAGGCGGCGUCGAGGCCAUACGAUGGGCGGUGCCAUGUCGAGUGUACAGGCCGACGCAGAGCGCCACGGCACCGUCCCUCCUAUAUCCAUCGAACCCGAACCGGCCUCGGACGACGAAAGGUCACAAGCAACCGGCGAAUCAUACGAGGAGAGGAGCAUAGGGUCUCUAGGUGGCGCCUCGGCCGAAUCCAUACCUGAUGCCCUCAUGGCCGCCCGGUUCCAGCACGUUGUUACUGAUGAGGGUCACGCCGUCAUCACGGGGCGGGAGGGGACACUACAGCGGUGCGAGGACGAGCCAAUCCACACGCCUGGCGCCGUGCAGGGGUUCGGACUCUUGCUCGCCAUUCGAGAGGAGCAAGAUGGUCGUUUUGCGGUGCGCUACACCAGCGAGAACUCGAGGCGUAUCAUUGGCUAUACUCCUCAGCAGCUGUUCAAGCUUGAUAACUUCCUGGACAUCUUCUCUGACGAGCAGGCCGACAACCUCUUGGACCACAUCGACUUCAUCAGGGACGAAGACGCCGACCCGGCUGUGAACGGGCCGGAGGUCUUCAGCGUCACUGUCCGCCCGCCCAAGUCCCGAUCCAACAAGUUGUGGUGUGCCAUGCACAUCAACGCAGCCCACCCUGACCUGGUCAUCUGCGAGUUCGAACUGGACGACGAUUUGGACUUUCCCCUGAGACCGUCCGACGAGCUGACGCCCGACAUCCCCGAAGACACUCUGCAAUCGAAUCCCACCUUGGAGGAGUUGACGGAGAGUACAGAGAUUCUGAGCAAGCCGUUGCGGGUGCUCAGAAGCGCACGCAAGCGUCGAGGUGAGGCAGGCGCGAUGCAGGUCUUCGACAUCAUGUCUCAGGUGCAAGAGCAGCUGGCCUCGGCAUCGAACCUGGAGAGCUUCCUCAAGAUCCUCGUUGGUAUUGUCAAGGAGUUGACCGGAUUCCACCGCGUCAUGAUUUACCAGUUCGAUUCGUCGUUCAACGGAAAGGUUGUGACGGAGCUGGUCGAUCCGGUGCAGACGAGGGAUCUCUACAAGGGCCUCCAUUUUCCCGCCUCUGACAUCCCCAGGCAGGCACGGGAGCUGUACAAGAUCAACCGGGUGCGUCUGCUCUAUGACCGAGACCAUGAGACUGCGCGGAUGGUGUGUCGCUCGACGGAGGACCUGGAAGUCCCACUCGACAUGACCCACAGCUACCUCCGCGCCAUGUCUCCGAUCCAUCUCAAGUACCUUGCCAACAUGGCCGUGCGGUCGUCCAUGUCCAUAUCUAUCAAUGCGUUUGGCGAGCUGUGGGGGCUGAUCGCCUGCCAUUCAUACGGACACAAGGGCAUGCGGGUGUCGUUUCCCAUCCGCAAGAUGUGUCGGCUGGUCGGAGACACCGUCUCCAGGAACAUCGAGCGCCUCUCGUACGCUUCGAGGCUCCAAGCGCGGAAACUGAUCAACACAGCACCGACCGACAAGAACCCAUCUGGCUACAUCAUUGCGUCGUCAGACGACCUCCUCAAGCUGUUUGAUGCUGACUUUGGCAUGCUGUCCAUCCGGGGCGAGACCAAGAUCAUGGGCAAGAUCGAGCAGUCACAAGAAGCGUUGGCUAUGCUGGAAUACCUGCGGCUGCGCAAGUUCACGUCGGUGGUCACCUCGCAAGACGUCAAGCAGGACUUUCCGGACCUGCGCUACCCGCCGGGAUUUUCUGUCAUUGCUGGUCUGCUCUAUGUCCCUCUCAGCGUCGGCGGCCACGACUUCAUCGUGUUUUUCCGCAAGGGUCAGAUUAGGGAGGUGAAAUGGGCCGGAAACCCGUACGAGAAGUUCAUCAAGGAGGGCACGGCCGCGUACCUUGAGCCGCGCAAGAGCUUCAGGACGUGGCACGAGACUGUCCUCGGCAAGUGCAGAGAGUGGUCGGAGGAGCAGGUCGAGACGGCAGCGGUGCUCUGUCUCGUCUACGGCAAAUUCAUCGAGGUCUGGAGACAAAAAGAGGCAGCGCUACAAAACAGCAGAUUCACCCGGCUUCUGCUGGCCAACUCUGCCCACGAAGUCCGCACGCCGCUCAACGCCAUUAUCAACUACCUCGAGAUCGCUCUCGAGGGCACGCUCGACCAGGAAAUCAGAGACAACCUCGCCAGGUCUCACUCUGCAUCCAAGUCUCUUAUCUACGUCAUCAACGACCUGCUGGAUCUCACCAAGGCCGAGGAAGGCCAGGAGCUGGUCAAGGAUGAGAUCUUCGAUUUCCCUGCUUGCAUUCGCGAGGCGACGGAACCCUUCCAGAACGACGCCAGGCGCAAGAACAUCAAUUACGAAGUCGUUGAGCACCCCGGGCUUCCCAGACAUGUCAUCGGCGACCAGCGGCGCGUGCGACAGGCCGUGGCGAAUGUGACUGCGAAUGCCGUACAGAGCACCUCUAAGGGCAUGGUCAAGAUCGAGCUCUACGCGGCGGAAGUGCAGGACUGCCACGCCAGGAUAGAGAUUGUUGUACAGGACACCGGGGCGGGCAUGAGCAGUUCGCACCUGGACAAUCUGUUCCAGGACCUGGAGCAAGUGACGACCGACUUUGACGAGUCCAGGAAUCUCGACGAGACGGAAGGCAAACCCCAGAACACUCGCACUCUGGGGCUGGGGCUGGCAGUGGUGGCCAGGAUUGUGCGAAACAUGGACGGCCAGCUGCGUCUCAAGUCAGAGGAGGGCGUAGGCUCGAGGUUUGUCAUUCAGCUGCCAUUUGACCUGCCACCGAACAACUCGCCGGAAGCAGUCGAAGGGAGCUCCAGCGUCCCAGCAGCUCCAGCGUCCGUUUCAAACUUCUCAGUCCCGAGCGACGUUAGCCGUCGUCAUGAAGGAGAGGUAUUGCUCGUCGAUCGCGGCAGCACUUCCAACCCCAAUCUUGCGUCCAUCAGCCAGAAGAAGAGCAUGGAGGACAUCAAGAGCCUUUCCAGUCAGCGGACUGGCACGAGCAAGAGCAGCGUCACGAGCAACAAGAGCGAUGCCGAACGCCUCAUCGACGCCAUUCAGACACCCUUGUUCGGUGGGCAGGAAGGCCAGAGCCCACCCCUCCACAGAAAGACCUCCAGUGGCCCUUUCUUCACGACUCCCUCUUGGGAGACUGAUGAUGGUGGCUCGGUCAACAACCAGCAGUCCCGUACCGCGCGCCCCAGCGGGCCUUCGCGCUCCGUGUCCAUGGCCGGGAAAGAAGUGCAGAUUUCCGGCGAAGCGCCACCAGGGGAGGUGCACAUCAAGGACACAAAGACACCGAUCAAACCCGUCAGGAUUCCAGACAACUAUAAGGACCUGCCGGAACGACCGCAGCCGAACCCCAGCUCCGGGGUCCUGUUCGAGAUCUCGGACGUCACGGACCACGCGGCGGCCAAGGAGCAGAAGCAGCCCGAGGUGGCGACGGGCCCGCUCAGGCUGCGCGUGCUGGUGGCCGAGGACGACCCGAUCAACUUCAAGAUCCUGAGCAAGCGGCUGCAGAAGGCCGGGCACGAGGUGAUACACGCGGUCAACGGGGAGGACUGCGCGCAGCUGUACAAGGAGAAGCCGAGCACGUUUGACGUGGUGCUGAUGGACAUGCAGAUGCCCAUCGUGGACGGUCUUACUAGCACCAAGAUGAUCCGGGAGAUUGAGCGGCGGUCGUCGGAGGAGGAGGGGUGCGGCGGCGGGCAGCUGUCGGCGCUGGCGCGGCCGCACGGCCACGUGCCCAUCUUUGCCGUGUCGGCGUCGCUGGUGGAGCGCGAGAAGGACACGUACGUGGGCGCCGGGUUCGACGGGUGGAUCCUCAAGCCCAUCGACUUCAAGAGGCUGGAGGUGCUGCUGUCGGGCAUCCGGGACGGCGGGGUGCGGGACGGCUGCGCGUACAGGGCCGGGCAGUGGGAGCAGGGCGGGUGGUUCAGUAAGGCGGGCGAGGGCGAGGGCGAGGGCGGCGGGGCGAAGGGGUGA